GUCUUUCCUUUCCUUCUGUUUCUACAUUCCUCACCAAAUCUCUCGACAUCCCUUCAUACGUGCCAGGAUGUUUGGACUCUUAUCCUCUCAGUCCACCGGUGCAGAGUCAUCCAAGGAUGUCGCUCCUGUAGCCUCAACUGAAGAUGCUGCAUCAUCUCUUCGCGCCGCUGCACUGCUUACUCUUAAGUCCAGUAAACGACGGAAAGUAAAGCCUGAUCAGGCUCAGUCGAGUACUCUCCCUAUUCGUCCAGCAGCCGUCGAAAACUCUGUACAACUUGACUAUGGGCAAGACGACGCCGAAACUGACAUUGCCUCUUCACCACCAGAAAAACCCUCGCUUAAUCAGCAACCUCCUCCUUCCAUCAAAAUACCGGAAGUCGAUAUGGAAGAUGGUCAAGUACGUGAGGAGGGUGAAAUUAGCGACUCGGAAGAAGUUUCUCCGGUAAUUGCUGCUGCGAGUGUUCAGUCGAAAACAACCACACCAUCACCUACUUCCAACCGUCCCUCUCCGCCUAGGCCUUCUAACAAUCGCCACGUUCCAUCGUCGACAUUUGCUCUCAAGGUUGAGACUUCGUCAUCUAGCUUGUUGGACAGAAUGUCAGCCGUUCCUCACGGCCCUUCUUCAAAGUCUCCCCAACGGGUUGAAGUCACUAAUGGGGAACAUACGUAUUUUGUUGAUGUUGAUCAUGUUCGACCUGGUCUAGAAAUGAAUCAAGAACAAUAUGAUACCGCAAAAGAUAUCGUACUGGACCUUCUAGGCUGGGGCGUUGCUCCCGAAUACUUAGUCGAUUGUGGCCUUAGUCGGGAAAUUGUAUUCUACGUUUUCAGCGAGCUCAAUCUGCGUCUACCACAAAAUCUCAAUACAGAUGGUAUCAUUCCCUACACACCUUCCACUCUUGAAACGUUGCUACGAGUUCCGACAAGAGUAUCGUCUCCUUUGGGAUCUGAUUCUGACACCCCACGCCCUCUGGGCCAUCCAAGUCUACCUCCCAAACCUUCUUUUCCUGGUCAGGAUCUCUCAAGAGACAGUAUGCCAAAGCCCGCGGAGUCUUCUGGAGACACCGCAGACGUCACAGUUCUACUUGACAUGGAGCGCCAACGACGGCAAGAGCUACUUGCUCGCAAGGCUGUUCAAGCUUCGCGGAUAACUCGAAGCAUGGGUUCCAUUUCACCAACGUCAAAACCUAUGGAUAUUGACGACAAGGACGUUGAGAUGACUCCCUCGACUUCGUUGGCGCCGUCAGAAAGUGUCGACGACUUUCUGCGGAGUAUUGAACCGGUGGGGUCAGGAAAAAUGGAUGUCGAUGAAGUUCCAGGGCUUGCGUCAACCUCAACACCUGUGCUUGUGGAACGAGAAAAGUCAAUUGACCGUAUGGUCGAAUCCCCCUCCAGUCAAACCCCUCUUCCAACUGAUGAGCACCUUAUGUCUUCUUUUGGUGCUUCUACUUCGGGGGAGGGCUCGCGGCGGUCGUCAUCCAGUGAAGAUAUAUCUGGUACAAGUAAUGGCCUAGCCCGUCGAAACGGUAAACGACCUGUUGCCGCGGAUUUCGUUGACUUUGAUGCUGCCCCGCGAGAUCGGCACGGUUCCGGUAUCAAGCGGAGUACCGGGAGCUUUGCCAGCAUCAGCACAAUGCGUCGAUGUGUCAUUGAUUUGAGCGACAGUGAAGGCGAAGCAGAUGGUGAGGACGUGCAGAUAAAACCUGCAGCUGUGCCUCCAGGAACCACAAAUAGUCGUUAUUCAACCCCACCGACUUCCUCUGCUGCUGCUGCUACCCCAGACUUUCGAACGAUGUCUCCUGCUGCUUUAGCAGUAAAAGAACUGGAAAUCCAGAAGAUGAGACAAAUGAUUGCAGAACGCGAACAGGGGCGUCGGAUGAAGCUCAAGAAGCUCGAGGCUAUGAGUAACCCGGACAGUAUCCCUGUCAAACAAGAAGAAGAGGAUCUUUUGUCAUCUCUUGCUAUACCCGUCACUCAAUCCCCUUCCAUGGAGUCUUCCGUCACCGCGAACACCAUAUCCUCGUCGGCUGAAAUUGGUAAUGACAUAACGAAUACUGAAGGCUUAAACACUCCGUCGAUCGAGAGUCAAGAUGUAGAAAGAAGCCAAGACCCCAAGAACAAUCAAGUGACAAUAGAGAUUGCAGAAAGGAGCCCAACGGCAGAAGCAGUCGACGUCGACUUACCCUCGUCUUCGUCGGCACAGGUGCGUCUCCCGAACGACACCGUACCUGUCGGAGCACCACCCAAAGCCAGAAGAAAAGGCCCUGCAGCAAGAAAAGCAUGAACAACUUGCGUCCUCGUACAUUUCUAUCUUUGAUUCUUAUCCUCUUUUGCGCUUUCGGCCACGACCAAUUCUUCAAGAGGGAGUUGGCACGAUUGCGACACAUUCUU